CCCCCUCUCGGCCCGGCCGGGCCGGGGAGCUCGGGGCCGGAGUCGUGGACGUGACUGGGAGGAGUCUGCCCGCCUCAGGUUUCCGCGCUCGGCCGCGGCCAUGGCGGAGCCCACCGUGUGCUCCUUCCUCACCAAGGUGCUGUGCGCCAACGGCGGCCGCAUGUUCCUGCAGGACCUGCGCGGCAACGUGGAGCUGUCGGAGGCCCGGCUCCGGGACGUGCUGCGCCAGGCCGGGCCCGACCGCUUCCUGCUGCAGGAGGUGGAGAUGAGGGAGGGCCUCUGGGACGCCGAGGCCGAGGUGGCGGCCGGCGCGGGCGGCGGCGGCGGCGGCGGCCCCUGCGCCUGGCGGGUGGUGGCCGUGUCCUCGGCGCGCCUGUGCGCCCGCUACCAGCGCGGCGAGUGCCAGGCCUGCGACCAGCUGCACCUCUGCCGCCGCCACAUGCUGGGCAAGUGCCCGAACCGCGACUGCUGGUCUACCUGCACCCUUUCCCAUGACAUCCACACACCUGUCAACAUCCAAGUACUGAAAAACCAUGGGCUUUUUGGCCUCAAUGAGGCCCAGCUUCGGAUCCUGCUUUUACAGAAUGACCCGUGCCUUUUACCAGAGGUCUGUUUACUGUACAACAAAGGUGAAGCACUUUAUGGCUACUGCAACCUCAAGGAUAAAUGCAACAAGUUUCACGUGUGCAAAUCCUUUGUCAGAGGGGAGUGCAGACUUCAGAAAUGCAAACGGUCCCAUCAGCUCAUUCAUGCCACAUCGCUGCAGCUGCUGCAGGACCAAGGACUGAAUAUUCCAAGCGUCGUAAAUUUUCAGAUCAUCUCUACCUACAAGCACAUGAAGCUGCACAAGAUGCUUGAAAGUCAAGGUAAUGCCGCUUCUCCUGCUGAGUAUUCCCAGGGCCUCCAGAAGCCAGGCGGACAUAUGGCUGGUGCUGCAGAGGCUGGUCCUGUGGCUCCUGUCCCUGCUCCGUCAGCCAAGAAGCCACACACAGGGAAACCGGAAAGGAUGUCCGUGAAAUAAGACGCUUGUCCAGUCAGAAGGUCUGAAAACAAAGCUUCUGUUGAGCUUUAUUUCUAAGUUCCUUCGUGUAAUCACUUAUCAAUAACAGUCAUAGUAAUACCUACCUCACACGUUGCUAUAAAGAUUAAAGAUGACGGAGAAGGGGAGAGUAUCAGGUUGCGUGGAUAACAUUGGGGAUGGGUGAUUGGGGUGUGGUGGGACAUGGAACAGGCAGAGAGGGGAGGACGUGAGUACGGUUGGGGUCAGUCCAGGGCUAACUCUGAAGAUGGCAGAUUCUGCCUGUAGUCCCUGUCAGGUCCCCUAGGCUGGCGAGAGCUCCAAGAGGAGCGGGUUUUGGCUGCCUUGUUCCAUGACCCGGCCAGUGUUUUUUGCACCCACAUACACGGUUUACAUAGUGGUUGUCAGAGACCAUAUAUGGACACUUAGUCCUCUUGUUCUUAACAUUUCAUAAGCCUCUUUCCCUAUUCACAUUUUAUCGUAUAUAAUCAUUUUUAUGCACAGAUACACUAACAUACAGUCAUUUACUUAACGACUUCCCUUAUUCUGGAUGUUUCUGUUCUUUCUAACCAAUUUUGAAUGGAACUCUCUUCCUCAAAUCCUCGCAAUAUUGAAUUUUUAAAUGUAUUCUUUUGCUUAGCUUGUUGGUGCUAAAUGAUAUUGCCUUUUGGCUAAGAUCAAGUGAUUGCAUUUCUUUAAGUAUAUGCAAGGGAAUUUUUUUCCAGGAUGUGUGCUUUCUGUCUGUGUGUGUGUGUGUGCAUUUUGUGCCUGCCCUCCUGGGGCUGAUGUGGGAUGGCAUUUAAUUAGGUUCCUUAAUUUUCAUGAAAGGAUAUGAGUCGUACCGUGCUCACAUGAUACCCAGCUCUCCUGAGUACAUCCCUCAGCCGCACCACAAAACUGUCGAGUGCUCACCAAAGAUUUCUAUCUCACUGUGUCUACUCUGCAUUUCUUAUUAAAAUUUUCGCCAACACCCCCCUUGUGAUAGGGUCGUUCAUCCAUUUCUCAAAGUUGUAUCCAUUCUUUCUGCGGAUCUGGAGGGACUAUCAGAAACCUGUAGACCUUGUCUGUCUCAUGUUGACUUUCUUUCCUUCUCUCUGUCCCCGCCACCUGGCUCUCUUCAUCCAGCUACACUUGGAUGUUUGGUUCUUUGUUUUCAACCAAGGGUACCGCAGAGAAGCUGCAUUAUGACAUCUUUUUCUGUGUUUGCUUUUGUGAUAUUCCCAAAUGUUGAUGUGUAAAGUGGUUUUUUUUUUUUUUUUUUACAUUUUGACUUUCCUGCAAUAACACAAUAUCUGAGAAAUAGGGACGAGGGAGUGAGUUUUGCAUAAAGCUGAAUUAAUUUAGCGUAGAACCAUAUUUUAUCACGAAAUGCUAUCUUCCCUGCUGGGGGGAGGUGGGCCAAAAUAUCCUUUGCAAAGUGAGAAAUUGCUGUGUUUUCUCCUACGGGCAGUAAGAUCAUGCUGCUUCUGUGAACCUUUUCACCUUUGCCAUCCACAACAGUAUUUCUGAAAGCCCUUAGGUUCUGCAUACUUUGUUUCCUUUUUCCUAGUUCUGAUUUCUCCUGGUGCUAUUUUUUUUUUUUUUUAAUUAUUUUGACGGGGCACCUGGGUGGCUCAGUGGGUUAAAGCCUCUGCCUUUGACUCAGGUCAUGAUCCCAGGGUUCUGGGAUCGAGUCCCGCAUCAGGCUCUCUGCUCAGCAGAGAGCCUGCUUCCUCCUCUCUCUGCCUGCCUCUCUGCCUACUUGUGAUCUGUCACAUAAAUAAAAUCUUUUAAAAAAUUAUUUUAAUAUUUUAUUGUUAUUCACAUUUUAUUCUUUUACCAUGUGUAUUUUUUCUGUAAGCCAUGUUUAGUUCUUAAUGGGAACAGAUAGGGUACACAUGUAUAUCCUGGACAUUAGGAGACUUGGUGGACUUUUACAGGCUUGUGUUCUUGUUAUGUAUCUUAUUACUAUGCUUUUAUAUGCAUGAAAACGACCCUCUGUAAUUUUUGUUGCAAUGUUUUCUUCAGUUCUCUAAUAGUUCAUUUAAAGCUUAGUUCUGUUAGUAUCCAUUCUGUAAAGAUAUUUCAUAUAACCCUGCUUGACCCUCUUUCAUCUCAUGAUUCAGCUGUUCGAAUGGUUUCUCAUUGGAAUUGGGGGAGGUGGUUUUCUUUGGUCAUUUAUCAAGGCUUCGCAGGUGAAGCUGCGCAUCUGUGGGCUCCGCAGAUCCAACAUACCCUACGGGAAAUGAUGACCUUUCCUACAGUCUUGUUCCUCCUUUGGUUGCUUUAUUUCGGAGUUGUCACCACCUAGGACUUAACCCAAAACUCUGCCAAGUGCCCUGUCCUCUUCUUUCUCCUGGUUCCUGGGGUCAAACCCAUUACUCAGGGUUGGAGAUUAGUUUCCCUUCAAAGAAUCUCAAAUUUGUAUCCUCCUCUGCCUCUUUCUCUCCCUCCGGGACACACCGCCUUCUUUCUAACCCCCUUCGCCUCUUGCAUCUGUUGCACAGAUGGACGAUUCACUGGUUUUCCAGUCGUGUCUCGUGAGAGUAUUUUUAUAGGACGUGCUAGGUGGCCCCCUGCUCUCCUUCCGUGAUGGCAGUCCCGUUUUAAAUUUUUCGUCAAAUGGGCUUUUUAUGGAUUUCGUUGAUCUCUUGCCACCCUUCUACCUCCCUGCCUUCCGUCCUGUGCCUGGUGGAUCUUUCGAAAUGCAGACCUGAUCACAUUGCUUUGUUCUGCCAUAACCUUCAUGGGUCCCCAUAAGGCAAGUAGGAGGCAUAAACUCAGACGCCUUCUUGGAUGAGAAGGGGGAGCUGACGAGGACGAUGUGAGCCGGAUGUAGAAGAAAUGGGGGAAAAGAGCAAGUGUCAUAACAAUUUGUCCCAUCUGAGUGGGGCCCCUGCCUCUUGUGCCCAUGUGGGGGUGUGAGCCCAUUUUUGUCAUGUUUCUCAGUUAGUCGAAGGAAGCCAGAUCCAGAUUUUAUAAUACAUUUUCAGAUUUUUAAAUACUGGCUUUUGACUGACUUUUAAAAAUGCAGACCAAUAUUGUGUGUGCUGACCUAUUUGCAGUUUUUGGAAUGUGCCAUUUUAUUGUAUGACUCUCUGUGCUUGUAAAUGAUGUUCCCAUUAAGUGCCACUCCUUCCCUCUUCCAGCCUCAAAACCUGGCAAAAUCAGAUUCUUUGAAAAUGCUAAGUUAGUCUUUUCUGCCCCCAGGAAGGGUGGUUCUCUUAGUGUUUUCAGCGUUCUAGCCCAACACUUACUCUGCCAUGCUUUCUGCUUCUGUUCCCUAGCCUUGAGCAAAAACAAAACCAUUAUUUCUUCUUUUUGGACAAGUCUCCAAAAAGAAUUUUUUUUGGCAUAUAACGAAUCAAACUUUGUGAAUCCAUGGAAUCAGUAUCAUAUUGGUCUUCAUGGUUCUUCUCCCCACAUUGAUAUUUUCCAUUUUCAAAAAGUCUUUUUCCCCUAAGGAAUGUGUUAUUUAAAGUAAACAUCUUUUUGGUACUUCAGUUUGAAUCAUCUAGAUCUAAAAUUAACUGUUUAAGACUUAUGCUCUUGAUACUAAUCUUUCCAUCAAGGAAUUAAGUCUCUUCAUUGCUGAUGGGUUCCUUGAUUUCUUUCAUUAUAAUUUGUUCUUAUUUUUGUCUAGCCUUCUAUAUCCCUCAUUAUAUUGAUUUUUUUUCUUGACUACAUACAUCUGUAUUGCUACUCUGUAUGGGAAUCUCUGUCUUUAGAAUUCUAUUGAUUUUUAAAAUAUUUGUCUUUUGUUGAAUUAUCUUUGUCCUAACAGUGUUAGACGGCCUUUAUGUUUCUUCUAAAUAUAAAAUCAUAGCUGCAAAAAGAUUUGGCUAUUCUUAUGGAUUUCUAUUUUGUGUUAAAUAAAAUUGUGGUGAAAAGAUAUUUUUUGAUACUUCUUCAUUAAAUAUCAAGUUAAUUGUUCAUUUUAAACAAAUGUUCUCUACUUAAUAAGGGAAAUUACAUUUAUUGUUUGUUAGAAGCUUUUAGUAACGAUGGUAUCUUUUGCAUAAUCAUGUAAUUUUUAUCACUUAAAUCACCUAAUGUGAUUAUAUUACUGGUUUUACUAUAUUAAAACAUUUUAAAUUCCGAGUAACUCUACUUGACUAUGGCAUAUACUCUUUCAAUGUAUUGCUUUUCCCUUUUUUGGUAAUUUUUAUUACAAUUAUGUGCAUCAAUACAUUAAUAAAUAAAAUUCAUUUAUAUUUUA